UGGUUCAGUGUAAGCCAUCGACACGAGAGAUAAAUCUGAAAAGGGACGCACUUGUGCUAAGAAAUUGAGAUCUUAAGAGGCUAAUCAGGGAUUGAACUGUGAUCAAGAAUCAAGCCCAAAACAAGGAUACAGUCGCCUACGUGCGCCGACCAGGCCACCCCGUAACAGUGAAGGUGUUCGUAUACGAAUGACAAGUAAUGCUAAACACAUACAGUAUUUUCUUGCGCUGGAAAAUGGAUUUGAGGCAAUAGUUGAUGCAAAACUGGCGGCGAAGUGGCAAACAUACUUGGAUAGGCGAGAUCACAGAACUGGUGUACCCAGGGGACCGCGGCCUGCUAUUCUUGGACAUAAGGAUACGUUGCACCGAGGUCGAUAUUCAGCUAUUGUUGGCAUUUUCGAAAUAAUGGGAACUGGUUUAACGCUUCGCUUUGUUAAUGAAUUUGUUCUAAAACCAGAAGGCCCUAUGGAUGGUGACGUCGUGAAACGCAAAAAUCAUCCUCUUGCAGGAUAUUUCCAUGGAAUGUAUUACACGUGGCCGACUAAACCUGCUCACGUGACCUUCUUCUUGUAGUUUUAUAUAAAUUUGGACGUUCUAAUAACAACUUAUUCUAAUAUAAAAGAGUGAAUUCAAGUCAUCUCGAUCACCAAGAAAAUAAUAUUUUGUGAUUAUCAAAAAUGUAAU